GGACGGGAAUGUGAGAGAGGAGCGGAGGAGCGAGCGGCUGCCGAGUGGUGCGGGGGAAUAUUCGGGAUCCGGGCGGCGGGUUAGCGCGCUGAUAUUCUGAGUUAAACGCGGGGAGAGUGCGGGCUGGGCGCUGGAUUUGGCUGUGCUUCGUUUUGUUGGGCUGGAGACUCUGCUUUUGUUUCCUUAGCGGCUCUCCUACUCCUACUGCUGCUUCCCCCGGGAGCCGCCGUUCUCUCCGCCCGCAUGAAAGGAGCUGCUGCUCGGAUCUACUUCGUUGGCGUGUGGGGGUCCGCCUGGAGGAGAGGGGGGGAGAAAUGCAGGGAUUUGUGAGGUUACACUGGCCACAGUGGUAAACUGCCCUCCCUCAUUGUAGGGUUUCUGUUUGGGAAAUUUAAAUCCCGGUGCUUUUAGCUAUGAGUUUGAAUGGAGGAGUAAUAGGGGGGAAGCUGUUCGUUUUUGGAGUGUUUUGGGACUUGGGGCAGAUACAGAAGGAAGGUAAAUAAACGGACUAGUUAGUUAGAGUUGCUAGGAAACCCAUUUCCCUUUUCCUUCUUUCCUUUCUUUCUGUUGUUUCUCCCUGCCUCUCUCCCUUCCUAACUCACUCCUGGAUGGUUGGAAGUUGGCUAGCUAGCCAAGCUAGGUUAGCUACUAACUAACUAGUUGGAGGAAACAACUAAUCUAGCUGGAGUCUAAAGGAUAGUUAAUUUAGUUCACUGGAUUUAUGUGUUCGUAAUGUGUACAUAUCAGUUCUAAGGCAGUGUGAUCUUUAACUCGCUAGCUAACCUAUCUAGUUAUUGAGGAGGAGGAGUAUGUGUUAGCUAGCCAGCUUACUACUACUACUAUUACUACUACUACUACUACUACUAUGCUACAACUUGUUCUACAGCUCAGCUAACUAUAACCUCGCUAGGGAGAGUGUGGGAAUAGCCUUCCUUCUAAGUCGCCCACAUGCUCUUGAUCAGCCUCCUGGUGCGGGAACGGCGGAAUCCGAGGCUGAGGGAAGAAGACCCCGUUCGAGCAACUCCGUGCAGGCUGGUGGAAGACGAUGGCAAUGCCGGAGCCGCGGAGCUGGAGGCGGUAAGAGAGCCCGACUCGGAGCCCCUCGACCUUGGUUUGCGAGCACCAGCGUCAGCGCCGACCCAUGCAGGCCAAGAAGCGCUACCUGAUCUCGCUGCUGACGGGCGCCUCCCUGGUGCUGCUGCUCUACUUCGGUGGCGGCGGCGUGCCGGGCCCUGCUCCGGCCACUAGCCGGCAUGAGCGCGCCCGAGGCGGCGGCGGCGGUGGAGGAGGAGCCGGUGGUGGUGGUGGAGGAGUUGGUGGUGGAAUUGGCUCCGGGCAGCCGUGGCCACACACGUCCCACACCUUCCAGGCGUUCAACCCGUGGGAUGAGACGGACACCGAGGAGUACAACGCCCACGUGUCGCCGCACCACAAGCGGGAGGUCCACGCCAGCGUGUACCGGGGCAAGCGCUGCCGCAUGGACUCGUGCUUCGACUUCUCGCUGUGCCAGCGCAACGGCUUCAAGGUGUACGUGUACCCGCAGCAGAAGGGCGACAAGAUCUCCGAGAACUACCAGAGCAUCCUGGCGGCCAUCGAGGGCUCUCGCUUCUAUACCUCGGACCCGGGCCAGGCGUGCCUCUUCGUGCUCAGCCUGGACACCCUGGACCGGGACCAGCUGUCCCCGCACUACGUGCACAACCUGAAGGGGAAAGUGCAGAGCCUGCCGCUCUGGAACGACGGACGCAACCACUUGAUCUUUAACCUGUACUCAGGCACCUGGCCGGACUACACCGAGGACCUGGGCUUCGACAUCGGGCAAGCCAUGCUGGCCAAGGCGAGCGUGAGCACCGAGAACUUCAGGCCUAACUUCGACGUCUCCAUCCCGCUCUUCCCCAAGGAGCAUCCCCGUGCCGGAGGCGAGCGAGGACACCUGCGGGCCAACAGCAUCCCGCCCUUCCGCAAGUACAUGCUGGUGUUCAAAGGGAAGCGCUACCUGACCGGUAUCGGCUCGGACACGCGUAACGCGCUCUACCACGUGCACAACGCCGAGGAUGUGGUGCUGCUCACCACCUGCAAGCACGGCAAGGACUGGCAGAAGCACAAGGACGCGCGCUGUGACAGGGAUAACGCCGAGUAUGACAAGUAUGACUACAGAGAAAUGCUUCACAACUCCACCUUCUGCCUGGUUCCCAGAGGACGACGCCUGGGUUCCUUUCGCUUCCUGGAGGCUCUGCAGGCUGCCUGUGUGCCCGUCAUGCUGAGUAACGGUUGGGAGCUCCCCUUCUCUGAGGUCAUCGACUGGAACACAGGCGCUGUGAUCGGGGACGAGAGGCUCCUGCUGCAGAUCCCCUCCACGGUGCGCUCCAUCCAUCAGGAUAAGAUUUUGGCUCUGAGGCAGCAGACGCAGUUCCUGUGGGAGGCCUACUUCUCAUCAGUGGAGAAGAUUGUACUCACCACUCUGGAAAUCAUUCAGGACCGGGUUCUCCAGCACACGGCUCGCAGCAGUCUCAUGUGGAACAGCCAUCCUGGAGGCCUCUUCACCCUACCCCAGUACUCCUCCUAUCUCGGAGACUUCCCCUUCUACUACGCUGGACUUGGGAUCAAACCGAACUCCAAGUUCACUGCAGUCAUUCAUGCAGUCACCCCCCUGGUUUCCCAGUCCCAGCCCAUCCUCAAGCUCCUGGUGGCCGUCGCCAAAUCUCAGUACUGUGCUCAGAUUAUUGUAUUGUGGAAUUGCGACAAGCCUUUACCUGCCAAGCAUCGAUGGCCUGCCACCACCGUGCCCGUCAUAGUAAUCGAAGGAGAGAACAAGGUGAUGAGCAGCCGUUUCCAGCCGUACGAGAGCAUCAUCACGGACGCUGUGCUGAGUUUAGAUGAGGAUACGGUGCUCUCCACCACAGAGGUGGAUUUUGCCUUUACAGUAUGGCAGAGCUUCCCAGAGAGGCUCGUGGGAUAUCCUGCCCGCAGUCAUUUCUGGGACAGUAAUAAGGAGCGCUGGGGCUACACCUCCAAGUGGACCAACGACUACUCCAUGGUUCUGACUGGAGCUGCCAUCUACCAUAGAUAUUACCACUACCUGUACACACACUUCCUGCCAAGCAGCCUGAGGAACAUGGUGGACCAGCUCGCAAACUGUGAGGACAUUCUUAUGAAUUUCCUGGUCUCAGCCGUGACCAAGCUGCCGCCCAUCAAGGUCACCCAGAAGAAGCAGUAUAAGGAGACCAUGAUGGGACAGUCAUCCCGAGCAUCACGCUGGGCAGACCCGGACCACUUUGCCCAGCGGCAGACCUGCAUGAACAAGUUCGCCAGCUGGUUUGGCGGCAUGCCCCUGGUCCACUCUCAAAUGAGACUCGACCCGGUCCUGUUUAAGGACCAGGUAUCCAUCCUUCGCAAGAAAUACAGGGAGAUCGAGCGGCUUUGACCAGACGGGCGCCCCCUACUGGCCGCACAGCAGGGGGUGGUAAGACAUUCUGAGGAGGGAAAGAGGACCACAGGGGUUUCGUCCACUCAGUACACCGUCAGUGACUGAGCUGGCAGAAUGUGAGCGCUGUCUGGGGACACUCACGCACACAAAGGUGCACCCACAGCACACACACACUCACACAUAUACACACACUUACACAACUGACCACGAGACUCUUUGAAAGACUUUUUUUUUUAAUGAAUGCCGUAAAUGACUAUCUUUUUGCCAGCACAUGAGAGAAUACGGGAGAAGACAGGAGGGAUGCAUCAAUGUGUCUUCACACUACUAACUUCUUACUCCAUCAGGAUCCGAACCACAGUCCACAGUCACCAACAUCUCCUCCCAGUCUCAGAAACAUCCUACCUACCAAUCAGUGCAUAAUGCCAUGCUUCUGCCUCAUUCUUCAUCUCGGACGACUGGUUUUAUAUGUUUGUUCAUCGUGUAUUUGUAUGUAUUGGUUUACAGUAUCAUUUAAUUCAUUUCAAAUCAUUUCAGAGGUGAGCAGUACGUACACACACAUUUCUGAAAAAGUGACAAGCAGAAUUUGCUGCUUUAUUCUGACAAGGGAACUGUUCAUUUCCUCCUCAAUGCCAAUAUCUCAAUAUCUGAUAUCUCCACUUGUAGUAAAGGUAGCGAAUGCAACCAAAAUCAAGGGUGAGUUGUUUUUUUUGUUUGUUUUUUUUUGUAGAUAACUGCUAAAAUCCUUCAGUGCCAAGAUUUGUUAAAUAUGUUGCCUUUUAACUGAUAGACCAUCACUCCCACAAAAAAACAUCUAUUUAAAAUUUCUAUCUAUGCACUGAAUUUCCUUCAUCAAUUCUGAACAUUAUUAUUCGACUUAGACAAAGUCAAAGAUUGAUGCUUUUCCACUGCAUGGUGCAUAAAUAUUCUAUUUGUCUCAAUGAUUCUCUUAUGCUCUUCUAUUUUCUGCUUAGUUUUCACUAUGCAAAUAUUGUACCUGGUACAAAACAACUAACAGUGCUAACCUGGCACAUGGUGAAAAGGACAUAUAUUUUGGUUGGAUUUACCAUAAAACUAGUGAAAGAUUGGCAGCGCUACGCAUAGUUAGAUUUUUGGGGAGGUGGACAUCAGGCUAUCAUCACUAUGGCAUAGAGUAUGCACCCAAGAAGCAUAAAUUGGCAUUAGCCAGGUACCUAAAAACAAAAAGAGUAAAUUAAUCAACGUACCAUGCAGUGAAAAAGAGCAAAAUGUGUGUGAAUAGUCCACAAUCCCUUUUGUCCACGAAGUGCUAGCUUUGGAAAAAGCCCUAAACACUGCGGCAGGAUUCCUUAUGACUUAUAGGCCAAAUUUCAGCAAGCAGUUCCUUCCAUCUUUGUUCUGUUCCAGCCCAAUGAAGAAUGAGUUAUCAUUCUGUCAGGGUCAUGGCACCACCUCAUCUUUCAGCCUUUAGCAGUCUUCUGUUCUUUAUUGUGACUCCUCGCCUCCAUGUACAAGACUUCCUCACCCACUACUAACCCGCACCAACGAGACGUAUGUCCUCGUUUUUACAGGUGUGUUUUUAUGAAAUAACACAUGUGCAUCCUUUCAGUCAUUGAUUUUAUAUCAAGGGAAUGGCGCUGAAGAUGAGGCGGCAGACCCCUGUGCUUCUCUGCAGUCUCCAGUGCAGAAGUGUUGGACUUUAUAGUGGAGGGGAGCUCCUUGCCAGUCUCUGCGCAUAUACAGGUACUUGAAUGUCUGAUGACUUGAAGGAGCGCCGUGCUUUAGUGGCCUUUUGUGAAGGUGACUGGACUUAAAGUGAGCCAGCUGUGAGCCAAAGCCCCCCUGCACCCCUCUCUAGAGUCCUUAAAAAAACUAUAUGCUGCUCUGCAGUAGAAUUUCUGAAGAUAACUUCCCCAAUAUAAAUAGGAAUACAUUUAGAUCUGCUGUGCUAAAAAUAUAUAUAUAUAUUUUGGUUGAAAUGAGCAAAUUACAGAUGAUCUUACGUUUAAUUAUAAAUUAUACACUACAUUUCUUUCUUUGUUUAGUUUGUUUAACCCAAAAUCUAAUUUACAUUUUAUUAGUCGAGCCCAAUUCGUGUUUGAUUUUGACUCCUUUGUACUCUUUAGGCAUUUGUAUUCUGUCUGAUCUACAGAGCUCACAUUUCAUUACCACCCAGCCAAUUUCUUUUUCAUAAUGAUCUUAAAAAAAAAUCUAAUUUAUUUGAACUGACAUUUUUAAAUAAGUGAACUGGAAAAGAAGGGUAAUAAAGAACCCUGAAGUAAAGCGUCUUUGUGUCUGCAGUCUGCAAUAUCUCUCAGCUGUCCUGAUGUGAGAUUUACACCAGUCUCCUGCUGCAGACACAAAAACACAAGAUACCAAGCACAGGAGCAGAUACAAAAAAAAAUCCCUUUAUUUUUCUAGCAUUUAUUUUCUGAUCCGCGAUAUCGGUGCAUCUUCAACAGAUGCUGUAAAUUAAGUAUAAAGCAAUCUGCAAUCUAUCUGAUAUAAGACCACUGGCCCACAUUUGGUCAACUGUUAAGUUCAGUAAACCCUCGUCUUUGCUUCUAUAUGUCUCAAGCCUUUCUCUAUGAUUGUUUAGGUUCUUGUUUUGAGUUGUGACCAUCUCAUAUCAGAGUUGUUUUUUUUUCUAGCUUUGCACAGUUUCAUAGACAAAUCAGACAUUUGGGAAAUGUAGACUUGCUGUACAUAAACUGUAUUUAUUUUCACACGAAUAAAACCAAGCAAAUGUGUAUAAUAGUAUACGAUAUCUGACACGAGCUGGAGAGGGAUGGCUGUACAGCAUCAAAAAUUGUAUUUUUGUGUAAGAUGUACAUUUUGUCUUUUUUUUGCCUUUUCUUUUAAUUGUUUUCCAGCAUUGUUUCUAAAAGGGCAGGGGCAUGAUUAUUACACACCAUGUCCAGCUGUAUUGACACGUUUGCUAUGCCAGUGGCCCAUUUCAUUUAUGAGAGUAGAUGCAAAAUCAGCCGAUGACGAUGAUAAUUAUGAUAAUGAUUAUGUGCUGUUACACUAGUGUUAUCAAUUUGUCAGAAGGCAUUCAUCAUUAAUUGGCAUCUUCUGAAAUGCUAAUUCUGCUGCCACUGCAAACUCCGUCACCAAAGACUUGUGGUAACAAGGAGGCGUUAAGAAUAUGUUAUUUUUGUUGGUUCUUUUAUUAUUAUUAUUAGAAUUUUACUGUUUUUCUACUGGGUUUGCUUUCUUGUAAUACUGUAAUACACUUUCCGCAUUCUGUCUGUCUGGUCUUAGAGAGAGACUAUUCUCUUCUAAAGCUGUACCUGUAACUGGCAUGAUGGUCUGUAAAUGAAUGGGACGUUAGUGUUGAGUCCUGCGUAACCUUCUGUGAUCAGCAAUAAGGAAGACGGCUCUCAGACAGACGCCAGGGCCGGCAUUAGCAGACGUUCUGAGUUUUUCUGAUUGUGCCUUUUGACUAAAUUUGAUCUGAGAAUUUUAUAAGCCACUUCAAAUGGAGGAGAGGGGCAUCGUAAGCAGCCCUUGAAGACGUGCCAGAUAGCAGCUUUACACUCUUACACUGGAGUCUCUCACCAUCCAUUACACACUCAUCAAGGCCCCCAGAACUGCAUGACCACUUUACAGUACUUAGGAGAAUCUGCCGACUUUUAUAUAUAUAUAUAAAAAUAUAUAUAUAAAUAUAUAAUUUUGCUCCCUCCUGUCCUUACCUUCUUCCUUUCUCCCUGUAAUUAACAAAAUACUUUUUAUAGAGGUAAUAAAGAGAAUAGAAUAAUGACAAUUUUGUAAGAAUGAUUUAUAAGAAAAUGAAUAAAAGUCAUUUGAUGGGAUAUGAUGAAA